AUAACAAAACAAAAAAAGUGUUUUUUAUCAUUGAUCAAAACUGAAAACACAUAAGGAGUGACAAACAAAUUAAGCACAAAAAAAGCUAUGAAAAUUAGAACUUCGAAUUUCAUGAAAGAUAAAUCAAAUUUUCUUUACAUGAGAGUUCUACCUUUGACUAUUUGUUCUUUGCUUUCAAUAUCUUUGCUUCUUCUAUACUUCUACAAUCUACCCUUUUCUCCAUCUUCAAAAAAUGAGUUUGCUCAAUCCAAACCCAUCAUUAACAUCAUUUCUCAAUCUUCUCUUCUUGUUCCUCCUCCUACAUCUUCUUAUUCAGAAAAGAAAAAAGCUUACCAAAAGCAAUGUGAUUACUCAAAGGGUGAUUGGAUCAAAGACACCAAAGGCCCUUUGUACAAUGAUACAACAUGUAGUUUGAUGAAAGAAGGAAGAAAUUGCAUCAAACAUGGAAGACCAGAUUCUGAUUAUCUUUAUUGGAGAUGGAAACCAAAUGAAUGCUAUCUUCCAAGGUUUGAACCUAAAACUUUUCUCCAACUCAUUAACAAUAAACACAUAGCUUUUGUUGGAGAUUCUAUGGCAAGAAACCAAUUAGAGUCACUUCUUUGCAUGUUAUCAACUACUUCAAUUCCUAAACUUGUGUACAAAAAUAGCAUUGGUAAAGACAGUCAAUUUUCUAGGUGGUACUUUUCUUCAUAUAAUGUAACUAUUUCAUUAUAUUGGUCACCAUUUUUAGUGCAAGGUAUUGAAAAAUCAAAUAAUAGGCCAAAUAAUGAGUUAUAUUUGGAUCAUGUUGAUGAGAAAUGGGCUAAGGAUAUGGAUCAAAUGGACAUGAUUGUGUUUUCAAUUGGUCAUUGGUUUUUGCUACAAGCUAUUUACCAUGAGGGUAAUUCAAUAUUAGGAUGUCACUAUUGUGGUCUUAAUUACACUGAUGUUGGGUUUUAUGAUGUAUUAAGAAAGUCUUUAAGGACUAGCCUUAAUAGUAUAAUUGAUAGAAGAGGACAUAAGGGUAAAAAUGGAAUUGAUGUAGUUGUGACAACAUUUACACCACAUCAUUUUGAAGGUGCAUGGGAUAAGGCUGGUGCAUGUCCAAAAACUAAGCCUUAUAAAAGUGAGGAGAAGAAAGUUGAAGGAAUGGAUAAUGAGAUGAGAAAAGUUGAGGUUGAAGAAGUGGAAAAUGCUAAGAACAAAGGAAAUGAAUUUGGAAGGUUUAGAUUUGAGGUAUUGGAUAUUACAAAUUUAGCCUUGUUAAGACCAGAUGGCCAUCCAGGUCCUUAUAUGAAUCCUUUUCCAUUUUUUAAUGGAGUUCAAGAAUAUGUGCAAAAUGAUUGUGUUCAUUGGUGUUUGCCUGGACCAAUUGAUACAUGGAAUGAGAUUUUUCUAGAAUUGAUUAAGAAGUGGGAGGAACAACCUAGAAUUAAUUUAUCUAGUUAAUUUAUUUAUAUUUUACUCUCUGCAUUAUGUCAUAACAUUGCCUUGGAAUAGAGAAUUUUUGUGCCUACUUAGGUAUCAAAAGGAAAUACUUUGUUACAUAUUGGUGAGAGUAAAUUUUAUAUGACAUCUUUUUUAAUCA